AUGGGUGCUGAAGCCAGACGAGCGGCCACUGCCAAGAAGAAGGGCAACCCGCCAAUUCUUUCACACGACUUCAUCAUUCAAAACCAUGGGGACAUCAUGAGCUGCAUCCUGAUGCUCGUUGUCGUCGGCUUCAUGUUCCCGACUACUGCGCCCCUUUCCUCAAUCUUUGUGGUCCCCCAGUACAACGAAACCGUUGCGGUCAACGUACAUAAUGUACAAUUCGAUGCCCAAAUUUACAAGAGUGGCGUACGGGAUGUGUUCACGGUCCUUUUCUACACGAUCGGAUGGAUCACGAUGCAUGCCAUCAUUCAAGAGUACAUCAUCGAUAAACUUCAACGCAAGGUCCAUUUGUCCAAAUCGAAGCUCUACAAGUUUGGCGAGUCUGGCCACCACAUCUUCUUUGCCAUCUACUCGAUCGCGCACGCCGGUUACAUCAUCCAUGAGUUCUUUACGAGCCACAAUGACUUCAAGAACCUCUGGGCCGGUUAUCCCGAAGAUCACGCCAAGAUGAACCUGAGCACGAAGCUCUUCUUCAUCCUGCAGCUCUCAUAUUGGGUCCACCAUUUCCCCGAGUUCUACUUUGCCAAGAUGAAAAAGGAUGAGAUGCAACACCGAGCCUUCCUCUCCUUCAUCCACAUUGGCUUCAUCGCCGGCGCCUACAUCAUGAACUUCCAGCGCGUGGCUGUCGUCCUCUUGGCCAUCCAGUACCUGUCGGACGUUGUGUUCCACAUCGCCCGCCUCGCCCACUUCCUUGAUAAGCGCAGCGUUGCCAAGUCCGCCUUCAAGGCAUGGAACAUCACCUUCUUCGUCGCCCGUGCUGCCAGUGCCGCAGUGGCCGGCGCCACUUUCUGGUAUGGACUCCGCCAGAGCGGUGUGCCCAACGUUGACCUUGCCACCGGCAACUUCAACACCUCCUUCAUACGAUUGAACUCGUUGAUCGCCGUGCUGGCUCUGCAGCUUUUCAUGCUGUACCAAUUUGUCGUCUUCCACUUUGGCCGUCUCCGUGACGCGCGCAACAGGAAGAAGGGUGGAGAGCAGAAGAAGCAGGCGCCGGUCAAGCGAAGUGACAAGCGCACUGAUAGCGAAUCUUCGGCCCAAGAAAGCGCCGCUGUCACCCCAGAACAGAAGAGCCCCGGCAAGCGCAAGCAGAAGGCCCAGGCCAGUCAACAACGGCUGAAUCUCCGGAUUGGCGAGCGCCGCCUAGCCAACAUCGAUAAUGAAGUACGCAUCGAAAUCUACCGCCCUGACGACUAUCGUUUCCUGUUUGCUGACGGCAUCACGAGGAAUACAUUCACCCAGCUGCGCGAGCGGUGCAAUAUUUCCACAGAUUUUGACAAUUUCGCCAGGAACAUUGUUGAGCUGAUCAAAGACCGAGAGACCGCUACGCCGCCGCUUCAAAUUAACUGUGUACUCGACGCGGCCACGGAUUCUUGCAGUCUCGAGCUAGUGAGCAAGCUAACGCUACAAACCUCCAAAAUCUCAAUCGGGCUAAAGCGCGUUGUAAGUGAAGAGCUGAACAACCAUCUCAUCGAGGCGUUGCACAAAAUGAAGGAACUGACUGAGAAGAAUCAACAACUGGAGAGCGAGUACAGACUGGAGCUUGAGGAGAAGGAAGUAGCAAAUAAUGCAAUCGAAGACCUGCGCCAGGAUUUGAACGAUAGAGAUGACCACGUCGAAGCAGACGCUCGUUGGGACCCAAACAACGAUCGUGUAAGGGUGAAGGAGCUGACGGCGGAAGUGGCCACUAAGGAACAGACAAUCAAGGAGCUGCGCGAAAAGGAGGCUGGCAUGAUCGUUGAACGCGAAAAGCUCGAAGCGGAACUGAAAGCAAGGCAAAAGGAGCUGGAAGAUUUCCAGGCCAAGCAGCAUUACUCGAAACAGAUGAUGGAUAAAUUCCAAGCGAACCGUCUCGCUCACCCAUCGCCAUUUGGGAAUCCGGCCAUCGGCGCGAGCCCAGUAUCCUUCCGACCAGCUAUGGUACCUGCGUUGAGACCACCACCCACUGGCGUCCUGGGCCCAUUGCUGUCAACACAAAGAAAUUUCACUGCCACCCAGUUGGGGACUCCGCUCCGCAAUUCCCCUCAGCAACAACUUCUCGCAAAAUACACAGAACCUGCCCCAAAAGAAAAG